AUGUAUUUAAAACCAUAUAACAAUCCCUACCCCGUCGUAAGUGACAGACUGGAGGUUAUUCUUGAAACCAUGCGAAAAAUUAAUGGAGACAGCGGUUCCCCCGUCGAAACGCCACCAGAAAGGGUACCGUGCAUUGGCUCCGGUGCGUUUGCUACCGUUCGUGUUGGCUGGGUGCAGGAGCGGUGGCACAGUCAAGGCAAGAAUGAAGAACCUGGACAACUCACCUUCGGAACUACAGCCGCAGUGGCCGUGAAGCGCGUGGUUGUUCCAGGGAAGUUGCGAAGUCCCCUUGACGGUUGUAGGCAGCGGCUGCUCCGCGAGCUGCAGGUAAUGGAACACAUCAGAAUCUGUCCACAUCCGAAUGUCGUGCAGUGCUGGGGGUUUGUCUUCUACAAGGCGGGCGAUAGAGCAAGUAUCGGCAGAGAAGUAACAGAUAAUUUGCUUGGUGAGGUCCUCACAAACUUUUCCCAAUUGCGCGAGCAGCAAAGGGUAAUAACAGGGAACAUGGACAAGGAGAAAAUUGGAAACGAGGUCCUUGAUGGGGUCUCUUGCUUUGAUGUGUGUCUCUCGUUGUGCACAGGCGGUACUUUAACCGAGUAUGUCCGCCGAGUAGCCGAUGCAGCGCUCCGUGCGACGCGCACGUGCAUACAGGAGCGGAUAGUCACUCAACCGAAAAACACGAGCAUGACUGACUCCACACUUGGGGAGUCACCCACUGGACAUAAUCAGGGUCUGACCAGCAGCUCAAGUGAUGCUGGGAUCGAACCUAAGGGGGCGCUGCUCGGGCUUAAAACAAGAAAAUUGACACCGAUUAGAAAAGAUGUUUCGGGAGAAUUUUUCACACAAAAAGACUCCACUUUAGUUGUCUCCCAUCUCACAAUCCGCGAAAAAGACAUUGUCGCCAUUGCGUAUGCGUUGUGCAACGCCCUUCGUCACACCCAUGAAACGCUACGGACGCUACACCGUGACAUCAAACCAGCCAAUGUGUUAAUAUGCGAUGGGAUCGGAAAGAUACCGUCAUAUACAUCGCGUGCCACUUCAUGCGACUUCACGGCCAGAACCACAGCAAGAGCCCGAGGUGCUCCAACUGAGUUGGAAAACAAAAAAGCAGACGGCAGCAAAGCGGUUGAGUUGGUGCUUUUCUCAGACCUUCGCGACGCGCUGGGUAAUCCACAGGAAGGAGGGAGCGCUGAUGAUAAACUCACUCCUGAUGUGUUGGUUGUGCCUGCUGAAGCAGGAUCACAUCGUGUGCUGUGUAAUUCAUCUGAUUCGCCCCCAUACGUGCUGGAGUGUCUGCCCCAGGUGGACGCCUGGCGCCUGCAGUUGGCGGACUACGGCAUCGCGUCAGGUUUAGAUCACAUGGAGGCCUCGGGUCGCUGUGGUACAUUCCCUUUUAUGGCACCCGAGGUGGAGGACGAGGACUGCACCGGGUCCACGUACGGACCUAAAGCUGAUAUUUAUAGUCUGGGGGUCACAAUUCAGCAUGUUAUUGUGAAUGCUACCGUUGAGUUUAACGAGGUGGCUCAGGCGCUACCCAGGCGGGCAGAUGCUUUGGGGCGGCAGUGGGUUGACGAAGAAGACAGGGAGACAAGCGAAGUGGACAAUGACUCCGGCACCAGUGGUGGCGUAACAGAUGAAACGAAGAGGAAGCGGACGUUUAACCUCCCCGGCAACUGGCGCUGUAAGCGGGAGCUUAGCGACAGGGACUAUGUUCGCGACAUAUACUCUCAUCUGUCACAUCCACUACCGCACGAUGACUGUGCUAGAUCAUUUACCGUACCGCGCUCGUGGCGUUGCCAUGAUGAGUUAGCCUCCGGCAACUGCGUUGAAGGUUUAAGCACUGACGGCAGGACUGACACUGACAAUGCUGGAGACAAAAGGGGCCAUCUUCAACCUCAAAAUUCCGACUACCGUGAUAAUAUCAAGGCGCUAAACUUUAGAAAGGGCCAAGGGGCUCGGUGCAGGUCUUGUGGGAAGCUCCACCGAAACCUUAUCGAGCUUCUCAACGCCAUGACGGCCCCUGAUCCCUCACAGCGACCGACAUUGUCGUGUAUAUUGCGUGACACAGCGGUCAUUGAGCAGGGAACGUUUGUUGAUGAACCAAGGGAAUCCAGUUUCCCCUUCUCCAGAAGUAGCAGUAGCAGCAAGCACGCGAAUGCGGUGGCAAACACUUCAGGGCGCAGGAACACAACAAACAGCACAGCAUGCAGCCCAAAACAGCUGUCGCAUACAAGUAGAGGGACCGCACCCUCACCAAUGGCGGGCCGCAAUCACCGUUCCAGUUGCUCUGGGGAAUGUAAGGAUCAGAAAACUCACGACGGAUCGAGUGAAAUGUUUGGCGGUGUUAACAAAUACGACGGGUGGCGCGAAGGCGUGUUGUGGCGCCCGCCUUCGCUCAAGUUUCUUCGUCGGUAUAGUGGACAGGAGGGGCGUUGCUAA